GCCACAUUUCCUAUAUUGCUUUGUUCUUUGGAUCCUAAUAUCAAACAUGAUCGAUAUACAACGCCCUUUGUCAACUAUGGAUUCUACAUUUACCACAUACCACCCUUUCAGUAGUGAUUUAGCCAUGGUCCUCAAUGAGCCGUACAUACCCGCUAUUAGGUCAAUGCAUACCCCACUGUCUACGUCUCGACUGCUACCACCAAUCGCUCCAAGACCGAAUAUACCAGGGAGCAUUUUACCGCAUGGAGAGACGAUCGAAGACUCUCUACAACCAACAGAUCGACAUUACCAAAUAUAUCUCACUAGCAGCAGAAGACGUAAGCUCGACCUCACGGAGGAAGACAAAUUUCUACUGAAAUUACGAGAGGAGGAGCGCCUGCCAUGGAAAGCUGUCGCUGCUAGGUUCAAAUCAGACAAGGGCAAAGUGUAUAGAGUCCCUGCACUGCAAAUGCGCCUAAAGAGAAUAAAAGAAAGAGUCAGGGGAUCGGAGUGGCCGGAGAAUGACCUUCGAGCAUUGCGAAUGUCUCACGAUCACUGGGCACAGAAUAGAUUUGAGAUUAUUGCGAAUAAGAUGACUGACUUUGGUGUCACCCAGAGGUGGAGUGCACAUCAGUGCGCUCGCAAAUGGCAAGAGGCCGAGUACGACUCUCCACCUCAGUCGUAUUGUGUCGCGCAUGAGGAUUCGCCCAAAGAGUACGCACUCAGCGAAGAGCCCGAACGAGUUAUGUAUGAUUACGACCAUGAGGCUAUCGAGAGACUAUCUCACACUCCUUCGGCAAGUCAGGAAGAGCAGUGGGACUAUGUGAGCUCGUGGAAAAGCAUACAUCCAACAGAUAUAUCCAUACCGUCAGCACCACUAUACGCACAUGAGACUUACGCAGGCGUAUGAGUGCAUGAUUCUUCGAUAUACCAUUCGCAGUUCGGGCGCAGUCUUACCAUCCACAUUAACGAUGAUCAAACCAAAGGAAUCUUUCAUCUACCAUGUACAUAAAUUAUCAUACUCUUUCACAUUGGACCUAAAUGAAGCCGA